UCCAUGUUUCUGGUGGUUGCAGGAAGGCUUCUGGGCUGUUCACACGUGUCUCAAUAGCCCGCUUCUUCAGUCCGUACCGAUAGCAUCAUGCCGAAGGUGUUGCAGCAAGAAGGCGAUGACCCAGACCCCACGCCUUACCUGUUCGUCUCUCUUGAGCAGAAGCGUCAAGAUCAGACUAAGCCUUAUGAUGCCAAGAAGGCGUGCUGGGUGCCAGAUGAGAAGGAAGGUUAUGUCCUCGGUGAAAUCAAGGCCACCAAAGGAGACUUAGUCACCGUCAACCUGCCUAAUGGCGAGGACAAGGCCGUGAAGAAGGACGUACUUUGUCAAGUGAACCCACCAAAGUUCGAGAAAGUUGAAGACAUGGCCGACCUGACGUACCUGAACGAAGCAAGUGUCCUUCAUAACCUGCGACAACGCUAUUACUGCAAAUUGAUUUAUACCUAUUCCGGCUUGUUCUGUGUGGCUAUCAACCCCUACAAGCGCUUCCCUGUGUACACUCUGAGGUGUGCCAAACUGUACCGUGGCAAGAGACGUAAUGAAGUGCCACCCCACAUCUUUGCCAUCUCUGACGGUGCUUACGUUAACAUGCUUACCAAUCGUGAGAAUCAGUCCAUGUUGAUCACUGGCGAGUCUGGAGCCGGUAAGACUGAGAACACGAAGAAAGUAAUUGCGUAUUUCGCCACUGUGGGCGCCAGUCAGAAGAAGGACGAGGCCUCCCAGAAGAAGGGAAGCUUGGAGGACCAGGUCGUCCAAACCAACCCUGUACUUGAAGCCUUUGGUAACGCCAAGACCGUCCGAAAUGACAAUUCUUCUCGUUUCGGUAAAUUCAUUCGUAUUCACUUCGGUCCAUCUGGCAAACUCGCUGGUGCCGAUAUCGAGACAUAUCUGCUGGAGAAGGCCCGUGUCAUCUCCCAACAGGCUCUGGAACGGUCUUACCACAUUUUCUACCAGAUUAUGUCUGGUUCAGUUCCUGGAGUCAAAGAAUUGUGUUUACUGUCCAACGACAUCAACGACUAUUAUUACGUAUCCCAAGGCAAGACCACAAUUCCUAAUGUGGAUGAUGGUGAAGAAGGGAUAUUGACUGAUCAAGCCUUCGAUGUGCUGGGUUUCACACAAGAAGAAAAGGACAAUGUAUACAAAAUAACGGCCUCUGUGAUGCACAUGGGCGGCAUGAAGUUCAAACAGAGAGGCCGAGAGGAGCAGGCUGAGGCAGAUGGAGUAGAGGAAGGUACAAAGGUAGCUAAGCUGCUGGGAACUGAUCCCGAGGAACUUUACAAGAACUUCCUGAAGCCCAAGAUCAAGGUCGGCAAUGAAUUUGUGACCCAGGGUAGGAACAAGGAUCAGGUCUAUUACUCUGUGGGUGCCAUGUCCAAGGCUAUGUUCGAUCGGACGUUCAAAUGGCUGGUGAAGAAGUGUAACGAAACCCUGGACACAAAGCAGAAGAGGCAACAUUUCAUUGGUGUGCUGGAUAUCGCCGGCUUCGAGAUUUUCGAUUACAAUGGCUUCGAGCAACUGUGUAUCAACUUCACAAAUGAGAAACUUCAACAGUUCUUCAAUCAUCAUAUGUUUGUGCUGGAACAAGAAGAAUACAAGAAAGAAGGAAUCGAUUGGGCUUUCAUUGACUUUGGCAUGGAUUUACUGGCUUGCAUUGAACUCAUUGAGAAGCCUAUGGGUAUCCUGUCAAUCCUUGAGGAAGAGUCUAUGUUCCCUAAGGCUACUGACAAGACCUUUGAGGAAAAGCUGAUGAACAACCAUCUGGGCAAGUCUCCCAACUUCCAGAAGCCUAAGCCACCAAAACCAGGACAACAAGCUGCUCAUUUUGCCAUUGGCCAUUAUGCAGGCACUGUUUCUUACAACAUCACUGGAUGGCUUGAGAAGAACAAGGAUCCUCUAAACGACACUGUUGUUGACCAGUUCAAGAAGUCCAACAACAAGUUGGUGGUUGAGAUCUUUGCCGACCAUCCUGGACAAUCCGGCGGUGCUGAAGCUGCUGGUGGCGGCGGUGGAAAGGGAGGAGCGAAGAGGGCAAAGGGGUCCGGAUUCCAGACCGUAUCUUCCUUGUACCGGGAGCAGCUGAACAACUUGAUGACAACACUAAGGAGCACCCAGCCACACUUCGUCCGUUGCAUCAUCCCCAACGAGUUGAAGCAGCCAGGUCUCAUCGACUCCCACUUGGUGAUGCACCAGCUCACCUGUAACGGUGUACUUGAAGGUAUACGUAUCUGCCGUAAGGGAUUCCCCAACAGGAUGGUUUACCCCGAUUUCAAGCUGCGAUACAAGAUUCUAGCUCCACAUGAGGCCGACAAAGCUGGCGACGACCCGAAGCAAGUUGCACAAGCACUUUUGGACGCUGUGAACCUGGACAGUAACUCUUACCGACUGGGUCACACCAAGGUGUUCUUCCGAGCUGGUGUCCUGGGUCAGAUGGAAGAACUACGAGACGAACGUCUUGCCAAGAUCAUCACCUGGUUCCAGGCAUGGAUCAGGGCUUACAUUGCCCGCAAGGAAUACAAGAAGUUGCAGGACCAGAGGAUCGCUCUCCAGGUGGUGCAGCGAAACCUCCGAAAGUACCUGCAGCUGCGCACAUGGCCAUGGUGGAAACUGUGGCAGAAGGUGAAGCCUAUGUUGAACGUCACGCGGAUAGAGGACGAGAUGAAGAAACUGGAGGAGAAAGUCCAGAAGGCUCAGGAAGCCUUCGAGAAAGAAGAGAAAUUGCGCAAGGAGGUUGAAGCCCUCAACGCUAAAUUGCUACAGGAGAAGACAGAACUGCUGGCUAGUCUGGAAGGUGAGAAGGGUACCCUUUCCGACGUACAAGAGAGAGCCAAUAAGCUCCAGGCGCAAAAGACAGACCUCGAAUCCCAGCUACACGACACUCAAGAGCGACUGCAGCAAGAAGAGGAUGCACGCAACCAGUUGUUCCAGAGCAAGAAGAAACUUGAGCAGGAAGUCUCAGGCCUCAAAAAGGACAUCGAGGAUCUGGAACUUAACGUACAGAAGGCAGAGCAGGACAAGGCGACAAAGGACCACCAGAUUCGCAACCUUAACGAUGAGAUUGCUCACCAGGACGAGCUGAUCAACAAGCUCAACAAGGAAAAGAAGAACCAGGGAGAGACCAAUCAGAAGACAGCUGAGGAACUCCAGGCCGCUGAAGACAAGGUCAACCACCUGAACAAGGUGAAGGCCAAGCUGGAGCAGACCCUGGAUGAGCUUGAGGACUCCCUUGAACGUGAGAAGAAGUUGCGUGGUGAUGUUGAAAAGGCCAAGCGAAAAGUUGAGGGUGACCUGAAGUUGACGCAGGAGGCUGUGUCCGACCUUGAGCGCAACAAGAAGGAACUUGAGCAGACAAUCCAGCGCAAGGACAAGGAGAUCUCUUCCCUGGCUGCCAAGCUUGAGGAUGAACAGUCCCUUGUGGCCAAGCUGCAAAAGCAGAUCAAGGAACUGCAGGCCCGCAUUGAAGAGCUCGAAGAAGAACUCGAAGCUGAACGCCAAGCGAGAGCCAAGGCCGAGAAGCAGCGCUCAGACCUCGCCCGAGAACUUGAGGAGCUGGGAGAACGUCUUGAGGAGGCUGGAGGCGCCACCUCAGCCCAGAUCGAACUGAACAAGAAGCGAGAGGCUGAGCUUGCCAAGCUGCGCCGAGACCUGGAGGAGGCCAACAUCCAGCAUGAGGGUACUCUGGCCAACUUGCGCAAGAAGCACAAUGACGCCGUGGCCGAGAUGGGAGAGCAGAUCGACCAGCUGAAUAAACUGAAGGCCAAAGCCGAAAAGGACAAGGCUCAAUUUGGUGCAGAGUUGAACGACCUCCGUGCUGGUGUGGACCAUUUGUCCAACGAGAAGGCUGCAGCUGAGAAGGUUGCCAAGCAAAUCCAGCACCAAUUGAACGAGGUGCAGGGUAAGCUGGAUGAAACCAACCGAACCCUUAAUGACUUCGAUGCUGCCAAGAAGAAGCUGUCCAUUGAGAACUCAGACCUGCUGAGGCAGUUGGAGGAAGCCGAGUCGCAGGUGUCACAGCUCAGCAAGCUCAAGAUCUCCCUUACCACCCAACUUGAGGAUACCAAACGCUUGGCUGAUGAGGAGUCCAGGGAGCGUGCAACUCUCCUGGGCAAGUUCCGCAACCUGGAACAUGACCUGGACAACCUGCGCGAGCAGGUAGAGGAGGAGGCCGAGGGCAAGGCUGACAUCCAGCGUCAGCUCUCCAAGGCUAAUGCUGAGGCCCAGCUGUGGCGUUCCAAGUACGAGUCCGAAGGUGUGGCCCGUGCUGAAGAACUUGAGGAAGCCAAGCGGAAGCUGCAGGCCAGGCUUGCUGAGGCCGAGGAGACCAUUGAGUCUCUGAACCAGAAGGUUGUAGCCCUGGAGAAGACCAAGCAGAGGCUGUCUACUGAGGUCGAGGACCUGCAGUUGGAGGUUGACCGUGCAACUGCCAUUGCAAAUGCUGCCGAGAAGAAGCAGAAGGCAUUUGACAAGAUCAUCGGUGAAUGGAAGCUUAAGGUUGAUGACUUGGCUGCAGAACUUGAUGCUAGUCAGAAGGAGUGCCGUAACUAUUCCACUGAGCUGUUCCGUCUCAAGGGUGCCUAUGAGGAGGGCCAGGAACAGCUGGAAGCUGUACGACGUGAGAACAAGAACUUGGCUGAUGAGGUCAAGGAUCUGUUGGACCAGAUUGGUGAGGGUGGCCGCAACAUCCAUGAGAUUGAGAAGGCCAGGAAGCGCCUGGAGGUUGAGAAGGAUGAGCUGCAGGCUGCUCUGGAAGAAGCUGAGGCUGCUUUGGAACAGGAGGAGAAUAAGGUGCUGCGUAGCCAGCUGGAGUUGUCUCAGGUGCGCCAGGAGAUUGACCGUCGCAUCCAGGAGAAGGAAGAGGAAUUCGAGAACACUAGAAAGAACCACCAGCGUGCCCUGGACUCCAUGCAAGCCAGCUUGGAAGCCGAAGCGAAGGGUAAGGCUGAGGCCCUCAGGCUGAAGAAGAAAUUGGAGGCUGACAUCAAUGAACUUGAGAUUGCUUUGGACCAUGCAAACAAGGCCAAUGCUGAGUCACAGAAGAAUAUUAAACGCUACCAGCAGCAACUAAAGGAUGUACAGACUGCCUUAGAAGAAGAACAGCGCGCACGUGAUGAUGCUCGUGAGCUCCUUGGUAUCUCAGAACGUCGUGCCAAUGCCCUACAGAAUGAACUGGAGGAGUCUCGCACACUACUGGAGCAGGCAGACCGAGGACGGCGACAGGCUGAACAGGAACUGAGCGAUGCCCAUGAGCAACUGAAUGAGCUCUCUGCCCAGAACACAUCAAUCUCAGCUGCCAAGAGGAAACUUGAAUCUGAACUACAGACCCUACACUCUGACCUGGAUGAGCUGUUGAAUGAGGCCAAGAAUUCUGAAGAAAAGGCAAAGAAGGCCAUGGUUGAUGCAGCGAGAUUGGCUGAUGAGCUCCGAGCAGAACAGGAUCAUGCACAAACACAAGAAAAGCUACGCAAGGCACUUGAGACACAGAUCAAGGAGCUCCAGGUGCGUCUAGAUGAGGCUGAGAGUAAUGCACUCAAGGGAGGUAAAAAGGCAAUUCAGAAACUGGAACAGCGUGUUCGUGAGCUGGAGAAUGAGCUGGAUGGUGAGCAGCGAAGACAUGCUGAUGCACAGAAGAACCUACGCAAGUCAGAACGGCGCAUCAAGGAGUUGAGCUUCCAGGGAGAAGAAGACCGUAAGAACCAUGAACGUAUGCAAGACUUGGUUGACAAGCUGCAGCAGAAGAUCAAGACAUACAAGAGGCAGAUUGAAGAGGCUGAGGAGAUUGCAGCCCUGAAUCUGGCCAAGUUCCGCAAGGCACAACAGGAAUUAGAAGAGGCUGAGGAACGUGCUGACCUGGCUGAGCAGGCGAUUUCAAAGUUCCGUGCGAAGGGACGAUCAGGAUCUGCGGCACGGGCAUUGAGUCCAGUGCAUCACAAACCAGCGCCCAGGCCGCAACUUGAUGGCAGCGUCUUCCCGCCACGAUUUGAUCUGCACCCGGAAGGCGAUUUCUAAACCAUUAUUAACAACCCAUGAUUGUAAAAAAUAAAAAUUGCUACAGACGGACAUGAACAUAAAUGAGCCUAUUUUGCGGCGCCUCUUCCAGCAUAUGAUAACUGGAAAAGAAAAGAAAAUAUAUUCAGAGGAAUACAAUUUAAAUAAUGUAAUAACAGCACAUUUAUUUUGUAAUUUAUUUUAUUGUCGAUGAAUGUAUUUAUUAAAUAAUAAUAUUCCAAGUACUGCCCUUGGUGACAGUGGUGCGUGUGAAAGGGAGCCAGAGGGUUGUGAAUGCCAUUCUGAGACACGUAAAUGAUCAACAGCCCUAUGCAUUAUUCUUCGUUCGGUCACAGGUCUCUGGCUCAGUCAGAAGAGAGCGUGGAUGCGAUGCAAUCGUGGCUCACAUUGUAUGCACGUCUUCUUUAAAUGCACCAAUAAAGAAGUUCAUAUCGUUAUUGUA